AAAAUGUGCUCAGUACUGAUUUUGAGUCUGUGAGAGUUGGCAUCCUUCAUUCUUCUGCAGACAAACAAGAAGACAACAAUAUGGCAAGACAGUAAGAAACAAACAAACCCAGUAUGAAAUUUGAAAAAAAUGCUAUAGGGAACAAGUUCCUGGAUGCUCUGCUCCAGCGUGCGGGCAACAAUGAGGUCAUCAGCCUUGUGGGCCAGGAGGCGUUCCACAAAGUUUUAGAUUCCCGGGAGAUCUGGAACAUCCUCAGGGCGCAGUCCAAAUCAAAGCUGGCUCAGCUCACAGAACCUCCUACAAGGCCUUCAAUCAUCAGGCUGGUGGAUGAACAGCGCGAGUGCCGUCGCCUGGCGGAGGAGAAGGAGCGCAGCGUGCUGGAGCGCUGCCGCGUCACGCUCAUGUACAAGGCCUCCGAGUUCAACCAGGAGCGCACCGCCCUGCUCAUCGCCUACAACCCCCUGCACGUCGCCAUGGGCAACUGCAGCCAGGCAAUGUGGCUCUACAGCCCCUGCAAAUACCUGCCCACCAACACCUGCACACCACACCUGCCGCAGCAGGAGAGAGCCAAGGGAAUCAACUCAUGUAAGUUGCCACCCCUGAUACGUCCGGUAUCAUCUGAGUCCAAAAAACAGGAAAAGGCCUCAACGGGCAGCAUUGUACCAAGUGACGCCAUGCAAAAUUCUGAGAGGAGGAGAAAGAGAUGUAAAAAACGGGUGGUCAAAUAUGACCAUGAGACAGACUGUGGCGAUGUCAAAAAGGACAGCAACUAUUUGAAAGAACCACUGACCAUCUCCGCUCUGAUUGAAGAAGUGCCAUCGGUGACUGUGCCUGGUGUGGGGGCAUUCAAGCAGGGGCAGGCCUCCAUCUGGAAAGUGGAGAGCAGCUAUGGAUCUGCACAAAGAGUCAAUGCACUGUGAUCCUCUAAAGCUGACCAAAAUGUGUUAUUACCACUCAAUAAAUAUUCUAUCUUCUAUUGUCAAUGA